GCCACUGCAACCACGUGCCUUUUCCACGUGCUUUCUCCCAAAUCAAAAUAAAAACAUUCACAACGAUCCAGUGUUAAUUCACCAACCAAAACCCUAACCCUUUAUCUCUCUCUAAAGCUUUCUCUUUGUACAAUCUCUGAUAUGGCGUCGUUCAGUGAGGCUCCUCCUGGUAAUGCAAAGGCCGGAGAGAAGAUCUUCAAGACCAAGUGUGCCCAGUGCCACACCGUGGAAAAAGGCGCCGGUCAUAAACAGGGGCCCAAUCUCAAUGGACUGUUUGGAAGGCAAUCCGGUACAACAGCUGGGUAUUCCUACUCUGCUGCAAACAAGAACAUGGCUGUGAAUUGGGAGGAAAAGACAUUGUAUGACUACUUGCUCAACCCCAAGAAGUACAUUCCUGGAACAAAGAUGGUUUUCCCUGGUUUGAAGAAGCCACAGGAGCGUGCUGAUCUCAUUGCAUACUUGAAGGAAUCCACUGCAUCAUAAAACAUUUGCAGAAACUCUAUUUUCCCCUACCAUGCCAUUUUGCAGUUGUUGGUGAUUGUUUCGCAAAGCGGAUAUAGUACUACUAUUUUUUUUACCAAUAAAUAUUAUAGACCAUUUUGUUGACCAGCCAUGCUCUUUGUACAAUGAGCAUUGCUAAUCGGUUGCUUAUUUGAGUAGAAAAAGGUUGCCGUCAUUGGCGAACAUUUCAUUAAAGUCAAACUGCUGGUUCUGAUUAUAUUUCAUGUUCAUCUUGCAAAAAUUGCCCUUUCUGCAUAUUAUGUUAUUAUUAUUGUCUUCUUUUCAAUACGAAGCAUGGUUUUAGAGA